UGAGUGCAGAGUCCUAGAAAGGCACGGAAGGGGCGAGCCUGCGCAAUGGUAGUCCCUCCCCCCGCCCGUUUCGAAAAGAGCUGCUGGUUUUUUCACAUGGUUUGGAGUUGGAGCUUCGUCAGUAGCCUCCGUCGGGGGACGUGGAGAGCCCGUGCUGCAAGAAUGCACUACUGCAGAGACAGUAGCUUGUUGACUUGACAAGCCUUAUUAGCCCUGUCUGUGUGGACAAUCUUUGCGUUAAGAGAGAAACUUGAAGAAGAACUGAGCAAGCCGAUCCUUCACUAUUUCUGGAAGCUGCCUUGGAGUACAGAGCAGAGAUGGGUGUCCUUGAAGCGGGAAGAGGCCCUCUUGCCAUGCAAGCUGAGAGAAGUGAGGAAUUCUGGGAAAGAACUGUGCAGAAGAUGCUGGAUGAGGAUACAACCAGUUCGGUUGCAAAGCGCCAGAGACUCAGACAGUUCUGCUACCAGGAGGCCGAGGGCCCCCGAGAAAUUUGCAGCCGAAUCCACAGCCUGUGCCGUCAGUGGCUGAAGCCAGAAAAGCACACAAAGAUGCAGAUCCUGGACCUAGUGAUCCUGGAGCAGUUCCUGACCAUCCUGCCUCCGGAGAUGGAGAGCUGGGUCAGAGAAUGUGGAGCGGAGACUAGUUCCCAGGCAGUGGCCCUCGCAGAAGGUUUCCUCCUGAGCCAAGCAGAGGCCAAGAAGCAGAAAGAGCAAAAGUGGCAGAAGCCAUCAAAGGUGGACCCUGAUUUCUCCACGGAAGUGCUGGAUUCAUCGGACCAUAGAAAAAGUCCACUGUUUAGGUGGAUUGUGGAAAAGCGUGAAGGAGGUGCCACCUCGCUGGGUGGUGAAAUAACUUUGGCUCUUUCAUCUAGGCCUUCUCCUCUUUCUGGCCAAGCAGAGAUAGCCUCUGUGCAACUGCACCAGGGUCCGGUGACCUUGGAAGAUGUUUUGGUGAAUUUCUCAGCGGAGGAGUGGACCCUGCUGGAUGCAGGCCAAAAAGCUCUGCAUAGAGAAAUCUUGGAGGAGACCUGUGGGCAUCUGGCCUCUCUGGGAAUAGCUGCCACCCCUGGAGUCUUUAGACUGUUACAGUAAAACUCCGUUAUAUUUAAAACUUCUCCUUUUCUGUUCAGUUUCUCAGCCUAUCCUGGACUUAUUGGAUUCAGUAAAGUUUGUUCUAGAAUACACACAUCUGCCAUUUAUUGGGUCACCUAGGAAUAGUAAAGAUGCUCUUUCUCAGAGGUGUCUCAAAGGAACAGGGCUUCCCCUCCCCUGCUCUUCCGUACACUGUCUGACUUAUUCCUAGCCAUGAACCCAGGCAUGGCUUUUCCAACCCUUUUUGUUCCACUUGAUAUGCAAGGAGAAACAGCCAGUAGGCAACUUCCCAUUGUCAUGGUGGCAACUAGGGUUCCACCAACCCCCAGGUACUGGUGAGCAUGCACUUCUGGGGUGAGUUGCAAAUUCUGCUCUCGGCGUGUUGCACUGAUGUCAAAUUCCCCUCCAGGAAUCCCCUCCCCUCUAGCUAACUGUCAGCUAGAUUUGAAGUUGUUUACAGUUGUCAGGUUCCCAAAGGGAAGUGCAGCUGGGGAAACCAACCUUGAUGGGUUCGGACAACAUGUGUGGAGCGGAACUUGCAGAUUGCACCUGGAGUAUACAGUUGCUGGGAACUGGAGUUUGCUGACACCUUACUUAUUGCCAUGACGUGUGAAGUCAUUGAAGUCAAUAUUCAGUCAAUAUUGGAAGGGAUCUCUGAGCUGUGAAAGGGGAAGGUCAUAGUGAUGGAUCAUUUGGGUCCCAGGUUUCAUAGGAGCUACCAGAACAUGAAACUGCCAUUGGUCUGCCUUACCCAGUUUAGUCUACUGUGACAGGCAGCUUCCAAACUGUGAUGCAGAGAUCUUUCUGGCCCUGUUAAUUCAUAUUUUCCCACGGAAGAUUGAGCCAGGCUUUUAUGCUUGUGGAGCACAUAAAAAUCAAUUACACAGCCACCUCCCGGGCUGCCAGUUAGAGCCAAUGUACAGGGGCAUAACAAGAUCUGGUUCCCCAUGAAAAAACCCACUUUUUAAAAAAUUCAAGCAACAGUAAACUGGGUUUCUUCUGUGAUUUGAGCUCUGUUUGUGCCUCACUG